CUCAAAGCUUGUAAUACCAAUACCCCGUGGAAGCUUAUCUUUUACCAAUCGCAUUAAACACUCAAUAUAUAUUUCGGCAUCGGCAAUGUACCUCGAGUUGAAGCUGGAUCGAUCUUGACUUGACGCAUUCUUCAGCCUUACGAUGUAUUAAGGUUCCAUACAUAAUAGGUACCAUACAUACAUACAUACCUCUGUUCUGAAUCUUACCCCUCCACUCCAUUCAUGUUACUUGCAUCUCUCACCGUUCGUAUACAUAUCUAAGUACAUCUAUACAUACCUACCUACCUAUCUACGUUGUUACUAUUGGGACUUAUAUUUAUAUCUGUUCUAUCGCAGACUUGUUUGAAUCCUGCAUCAAUUCCUCGUGUAUGCCGAGAAUAGUUCUUACUUCCUCUUAUACCUCUUUAAUUACGACACGACUUAGGUAACCCUAUUACUCCUAUACUCUCCCAUAUCCAUACUCUCCCAUAUCCAUACUCUCCCUCAACAUGUCUGAAUCACCCCGCGUCACAGUUGAAACGCUCCCAGACCUUCUUAAGGAUGAUACCAAAGUGAAGCUGGCAGGAGUGGACGUCGAUGGAAUGUUACGAGGGAAGAUCGUGUCCAAGAAGAAGUUCCUCUCCGUAGCCAAAGAAGGUUUCGGGUUUUGCAGUGUCAUCUUCGGCUGGGACAUGCACGAUAGGACUUAUGGAAAGGAACUCAAGAUCAGCAACAAGCAAAAUGGUUAUCGCGACCUGAUAGCCGUACCCGAUCUGAACAGCUUCCGGCGCAUUCCCUGGGAAGACGAUAUUCCUUUCUUCCUAGUUAGCUUCUUUGACGACGACGCAAAUCCUGUAUGCGCCGAUCCGCGCGGGCUGCUUAAAACUACCGUAGAAAAGCUGGUAAAGAAGGGUUACAAUGCCAUGGCAGGAGCCGAACUCGAGUUUUUCCAAUUCAAGGUACCUUCUUCGAAUUCCUCGACCACGGACUCGUCCUCUCCCUCCGUCGUUUCGUAUCUUAACAGCAACCCGCCGCAUGCGCUGCCGCCCCUGACCGAGGGUAUGUUCGGAUAUAGCAUUACGCGGCCGACGCUCAACAAGUCUUACUAUCACGGGGUAUACGAUUCGUGUCUCAAAUUCAGGUGCAACCUGGAAGGUUGGCAUACCGAGAGCGGACCUGGAGUCUACGAGGCGGCAUUGGAAUUUGGACAAAUCUCGGAGAUGGCCGAUCGGGCAUCUCUCUUCAAGUACGUCGUUAGGUCGGUUGCGAGCGAAUACGGAAUUACGCCCUGUUUCAUGGCGAAACCUCAGCAUGGUCUGCCAGGGAACAGCGGGCAUACCCAUGUGUCUGUCGUGGAUAAGGACGGCAAGAACCUAUUCUCCCGCGAGGAGAAGGACGAGAAUCCAAAGUACCCUGACAUUGCCCAUCUCAGCGAUCUCGGGAGGCAUUUCCUUGCGGGUAUCCUGGACGGCUUACCUGAUAUAAUGCCGAUGCUUGCGCCUACCAUAAACAGCUAUAAGCGGUUGGUUGAGAAUUUCUGGGCCCCCGUGACCGUCUCGUGGGGCCUGGAACACCGUGCUGCAUCUGUCAGACUCAUCGCGCCUCCUACUUCUAAGCCUGGGGCAACGCGAUUCGAGGUCCGCGUACCAGGUGCUGAUGCGAACCCUUAUUUUGUCAUGUCAGCCAUCCUAGCUCUCGGUUGGCGCGGCGUGGAGAAGAAACUCGAGAUCCCGAUCCCUCCUCUAGGCAAGGGUCAGGACGUGGGGAACCUGGGCGAUCAAGGUACUCGCCUCGCGAGAAACUUGAGGGAAGCUACCGAUAGAUUUAUGAGCCAAAAUAGCAUCGCUCGCGAGGUCUUCGGUGACGACUUCGUAGAUCACUUUGGAGGUACCAGGGAAAACGAGAUACGACUUUGGGAUGAGGCGGUAACGGAUUGGGAGCUGAAACGAUACAUAGAGACGGUAUGAAGUAGAGGAUAUGGCUUUUGUUUUGGACUGGAUGUAUGAUAUCCUGUAGAAUAGCCGUAUAACUGGUCUUCUAGUCCUAUCGUUACGCCGCAAAGUAAAGUUAAAUUGUUUCUUGGAAAGGUGUUUGGCGUGUAGAUGUGCUUAAUGGUCUUUUUCCUGGGUAGCUAGGACCUCCUGAGAUUCUUUCCUAUAAUUCCUUAUAUUUGAUUUGAAAUUCGAACGUGAACCUUACCGGCGUGUUUCCCUUCGUGAGAGAUGAUUGAAAGGGAAGUGAAAGAUUCACAACUGUAAGCACGAAAUAUAUCCCCAGGUGUGAGAUUUGCCCAAGUAGAGCGGGGCUUGGCUGACGGAUAUUGCAAUUCUUAAAUUACAUAGGUACUUGGAUACUAUGGAAGAUCAUCUUAUACAGUAAUCAUUCGAGAAGCUGACCUAUCAUGUCCAGACAAUAGGUAAGUGUCGCAUCGGGGGCUAAAAAGAAAGAGAGAUCCCCAAAUACUUGGGUUAUUUGGCUAGUUUAGUGUGU